AUGAGCAGUAAACCCUGCAACAAUUUUAGGACAUUCUUGUCCAUGAAACCCCAGAAUGAGGCUGCGUACCUCUCUAAGGCAGAAAAGAAACAACGGGGUAUUUCAAAGAGCUGGUCUUUCGUUACAUUUAUUUCAUAUCAGAUGGUGUUAAAUCUAUUUCAAAGUGAACGAAAACGUAGAAAACCUUACGACUACAUUGAUUUGAUAGUGAUUGGAAUCUUCAUCUUGAUACCUUCUGAGAUAGUCGGAGCGGAAACAAGGAAGGGAUGUCCCACAAGUCGCCAAACCAUACAAACCACAUCAUUCUGUCCACAGAAUGAACAUGAAUGGGAUGUAGCUGCAGAAAAAAUGGGAUGUGCUGAUAUAGAACAGGAUUGCACAAAGAAAGAUAACUUUUUGUACCAUUGCAUUCUCCGUGAAUUUGUUUACAUCGAAGUCUGUGCCCCCAAAACAAAAAUCAUAGGAGGAUACUGUCCAACGUUUGAUCCUGUAGGCGAAAUGGUGGUAGAGAAUUUUAAAUCUGACUGCAAAAAUCACUCUAAUCCAUGUCCAGAUGUAUUUGAAUCAUCAGAAGCUUACAGGCGUAUGAUUAAAAUUAACAUUUUCAUAUUUGAGAGUGAGAUUUUUUCUUUCAGAGAAAUUAAUUGCUGA